GUGACGUAAAGGAUGGGUACUGGAUUAUCGUCCGGGUAGAAACCGCAGGAAAAAUGGCUGAGAAGAAUGACACUGAAACCUUUGAUGUAAUCGAACUGGCAGAACAUGUGAAGAAACAAAAGUGGUGGAGCAAAAUGUUUGGCAAAAAUAAUUCUGGACCAGCCGCUGAGAAGUACUCCGUAGCAACACAGCUGGCCAUUGGAGGUGUGACGGGCUGGUGUGCAGGGUACUUGUUUCAGAGAGUCGGAAAACUUGCAGCAUCGGCUGUAGGUGGCGGCUUCUUUUUGCUCCAGAUUGCUCAUCAUACAGGCUAUAUUCAAGUGGACUGGAAAAGAGUGGAGCAGGAUGUGAACAAGGCCAAGAAGCAGCUGAAGCUCAAUUCAGAUAAGCCCUCCAAAGAAGUGAGAACGAAAUUUAAUGAGGUGCAGGUAUUCAUCAAGAAAAACAUUGUUCUCACAGGGGGCUUUGCAGGAGGAUUUCUGAUUGGUCUGGCUUCAUAGGAGCUCUCUUACUCCUUACUAUUUUGUCUUAUACUCCAAGGAUGCCAUUCACAAUAUAUACAACAGAUUGCAGCCUUUGAAGUGUGCGAUAUUGCAGCUUGCAUUAAAUUCAGCACUCCUUUAUCAGCCUAAUUAAGGCAUGUAAUGAUGUGUUCAUCAGGAGAUAUAUUUAAGCAUGCUAGAAUAUAUUGAUAUAGUAUUUCAUUGGUUUUUAGACAUACAUGGUGUUCAGUUUGUACUUGACACCCCAGUUACACUUUUGUUACCAUUUAUUUGAUCAUUUUGCUUUAUAUAUUUUGGUAUGAAACAUUUUUAAACAACCAUGAUUUUAUUUAAAUAUGAAAUAUGUAAAAAGAAAUUACACCCUUUAAAAAAACAUAUUUAAACUUACUGUAAUGAUUCAUGGUGUGCGUUUAAAUGUUCUAAUUCAAAACCUCUUAUUGUCUGCAAUAAAUUGGAACUUAAUUUUAAAGAAAUG